AUGCAGUUUAUUGAUUAUACAUUAAUUCAACCAACUGCUAUAACUUCGUGUUGUAAUGGAAAUAUUCGAUCUAAAGAAUCAAAUGAUUUUGUAGUUGUUAAAGCAGAAAGAAAAAUAGAAUUUAUUACAGUAGACUCAAAUGAGAAUGAUAUUGUUUUAGAUUUAUUUGUACAAUUAGAUAGUUAUAAUACAGUUAAUAAUGUUCUUUGCUUAAAAAAUUUAUCAAAUAAUCAAACAGAUUAUAUUAUAAUUGCUUUAUGUGAUGCGAUUAAUAUUAUUCAAAUGGAAGGUUUUAAAUUUAAAUUAGUACAACGAAUUGAUCUUGAAAAGAAAACAGAACGAUUCAUUAAAUCAAGGUAUCUUGCUGUUGAUGAAGAUAAUAGUUCAUUUAUUACAGGUGCAAUUCAAGGUGGUUUUGAUUAUUUUAAAGAAGAAAAUGGUACAUUUUUAAAAGAAGAAGUGAGUAUUGAAGAUUGUGUUUGUUUUGGAAUUGUAUCAAUUGGAAAUAAUUGUUAUGCAACAUUAGUUUAUUUAAUAAAUGAAAAAAAGAAAUAUGUUAAAAUAUUUGAUUGUAAUAAUUCACCUAAAGAAAUAAAAAAUAUAGAAGUUAAUAAUGAAACUGAAUCAAUAUUUAGUUUAGAAACAAUGAAUGAAAAUAUUAUUGUUCAUAUCACUAAUGUCCUCUUUGUUUCAUUAAAUAAUCAAAAUGUAUUAUUAAUUCAAAAUGAACUAGGUGAUCUUUUUAGAAUUCUUCCAAACUCAUCUACAAUUGAAUAUUUCGAUACUAUUUCACCUUCAGUAAGUUGGUCAAUAAAUGGUGAUAUUAUUUUCAGUGCUUCUGAAUCUCAAAACCAUCUUGUAUUAAAAGUACCAUCACUCACAAUUCCAAUUCAACCAUCAUCUACUUAUAAACCACAAUCACUAUAUUUUAAUAUCUCUACUUCUAUUUCUUCACACCAUCCAUUAACAUCAGUUGAUGUUGUGGAUAGUCAUGAAGUAUUUCAAAUAAGGGCUUUUGUUGGAAAAGGAAGUAGAAGUUCAUUAAAAAUAUUAACUCAUGGACUUAAUCCUGAUGAGUGUAUGUCAUUGUCAUUACAACAUCCAAGAAAUAUUUGGACAUUAAAACCAUAUAAUGAACAAACACAUCAAUAUGUUGUUAUUGGAUUAGAAAAUCAAACAUAUGUAUUGAAAACUCUUCCUGAUGCAUUAAAACAAUGUCCUGAAUGUGGUAUUCGACCUAACGUACAAACACUACAUGCAGGAAUGUUCAUAGAUGGAACAUUAGUUCAAAUCCAUGCUCAUGGAAUUAUUACAAUUUUAAAUGAAAAAUUAUCAGAACAAGACCCUGGAGCACAAAGAACAAUUUUAGUAGGAACAUCAAGUUCAUGCCAAGUAGUUAUUGCACUAAAAAAUGCACAAUCUAAAUGUGAAAUUGUAUAUUUUGAAUAUAAUACUGAAACAAAGAAAUUGGCUGAAGUAGAAAGAAGGAUUAUAAGAAGUAAUAUUAUUGCAAUGGCGUUAGGUGACUUUGAAAAUGGAAAAGCUAAGAAAGUUGCAUAUAUUUGUGAUAAUGGAAUGGCUAAUAUUUUAACAUUAGAAAAAGAAAGUAAAUUUCUUCAAAUUCUUGAAACAAAUAUUACUGUUGAAGGUGAAGCAGAAUCAAUAAUAUUAACACAAUUUAAUGAGAUAUCAGAACCAUUCUUAUUCCUUGGUAUAGGAAUGAAGGAUGGAUAUUGUUAUGGAUAUAAAAUUAAUGGAAAAAAUUCAGAGUUAAUGUGGUGUAAAUUAAUUGGAAAUGACCCUGUUGUAUUUGGACAAUAUGAAUUUGGUGGAAAUAUUGGAGUUAUUAUGUCAUCAAGUACAAUGAUUUUCAUGUAUUCAUAUUUUUCUCGAAUUGAGUUUACACCAAUUUCAUAUCAACCAUUAAAAGCACUAGCACCAUUUAUUACUGAUUUCUCUGGGGAGUCUAUUGCAGGAAUUACAAAUGAUGAGUUAACAGUUAUAGCGAUUGGUUCAUUAGAUGAUAGAUUUACAUAUGAUGAACAACCAUUAUUAUAUACACCAAGAAAAAUAAUUAAAUCAAAUUAUUUUCCAACAACAGUAUUAUGUAGUGAUAAUAAAAGUAAUUUAUAUAACCCUAUUAUAGAUAAUGAAACAAAUGAAUUUAAUGAAAGAAAGAUUGGUGUUGAUUUGCAAGAAGAUGGAAAAUGGGCAAGUGAAGUUGGAAUUAUUAACAAUUCAAUAUUUAAAUCAUAUUUUAAAACUGAUGAAGCAAUAAUUUGUGGAGCACAUGUUUCGUUUAAAAAGAAACAAUGUUUUAUUUCUUCACAAGUUAAACACUAUAAGAAAAUGAAAGGAGAAUGUUGGAUUAAUGUUUAUAAUCUUAAAACAUUUAAAUUAAUUCAUAAAACACCAGUAGAAGAUAUAUGUCGUGCAUUAACAUCAUGUGGAGAACGACUAUUAGCAGGUAUUGGUACCACACUUAGAUUAUAUGAUUUAGGAAAACAAAUAUUAAUAAGAAAAUGUGAAUUAGACGGAUUUCCAUCAAUUAUUAAUUCAUUAGAAGUAAUUGGAGAUAAAAUAGUUGUUGGGACAGUUGCUACAGGAUUUAUUUAUGUUAACUAUGAUUCAGAUGCUAAUAUUUUAAGUAUUACUGAAAAAGAUCGUAUUUGGCAUAGUUUAACAGCUUCAACAAUUUUAGAUGAAACUUCUACUAUUGGAUUUGAUAAACUUGGAAGUGUUUUUAUUACAGAAACUAAUACUACUUCAAAUCAACUUAAUUUAACCAAUGUUAUUCCAUUGUCUAAUGAAAUAGUUCAAUGGUAUGUUGGAGAUGUUGUUACUUCUGUUUCUGUAAAUGAAAUAUGGAAAGGAAUAACAGAUAAUAUUAAUGAAUAUACUUUUGAAGAACAAAUUAAAGAAAAUAAAAAUGUAAUUAUUUAUUCAUGUUUAAUGGGACGUAUUGGUGUAUUAAUACCAUUUAAUUUUAGAGAAGAUGUAGAAUUCUUUUCAAAAUUAGAAAUGGAAAUUAAAAAUAAUUAUUCUCCAUUACUUUCUAAUUCAUUUGAUUCUUAUCGUGGAACAAAUUACCCUGGUAUUGGUGUUAUUGAUGGUGAUUUAUGUGAUUAUUUUAACCAAAUGGAUCCUAAACUUCAAUUACAAAUAGCAAAUAAUCUUGAAAUGACUCCAGUUCAAAUUCAAUUAAAAUGUGAACAAUUCAAGCAUUCAAAACUCUUUUAA